CCCAAGAGUUGCUCAGUAAGCGGUUAGUGAGAGCAACCGGCCGUAGCUGCUGCGAUAAGCAUCACUGUCGCCGAAAAGCCUGGUCUUGCGGGUGCGUUGUUAUCUUGCCUGGCAACUCUUGGCGCCGGUAAUAGCUGCGCACUGCAACCUUCCGCCCAUGUAUAGGUGGUGACCUUGAGUGAAAUCGAGAGCCAUCGCGGAGCGAUCAGCAAUCAACGUUGAUCAGCACAGCGCGUGCUAACGAUUAUUCGUCACAGCAGCAGCAGCAGCAGCAGCAACAACAGCAAUAACCAUGCAGCUUUUACGGUUGAUGUUGUCGCGCGGAUACCACUCUUCGAAAGGUGUCUUUGGCUACUGCCCACGCUCACUCCCGCAGUAUAAAGGAACCAGUGAGGACGUGCUGAAUCAACGGAAUCGGAACAGUAAUGCGUACCGGUGGAUCGAAGCGUUUCGGAACCAUGGUCACCGGAUGGCCACGAUCGAUCCAGUGCCAUUUCAGGGACCGCUGGCCGACGAAGAAACCAACUCACUGGUGCUCGACUACACCCGUUACGGGCUGGCUGCGUCCGAUCAGGUGGACCCAGCUGGAUUGGUGUAUCUGUCACCGCCACAGGCGACGUUGUCGAUCGGUGAGCUGGAUCAGGUGCUACGCACUCGCUACUGUGGCACGUGCAGUAUCGAGCUGGCCUACAUUGAGGCGGAAGAGGAGCGCGAGUGGCUGAUCGAACGGUAUGAACGGCUCCUUACCGAACGAUCGCUCACCGACGCUGACCGGCUCGAGGUGGCCGAGUUGAUGCUGAAAUCGCAAGCGUUCGAUCGGUUCCUGGCAGUUAAGUUUCCCACCGUCAAGCGGUACGGUGGUGAGGGCGCCGAGAGCAUGAUGGCGUUCUAUCGGGAGCUGUUCCGGUGCGUCACCGAAGCCGGUCUGCGCAACGUUGUCAUCGGCAUGCCACACCGGGGCAAGCUGAAUGCGCUGACAAUCAUGUUUGGCACGCGCCCGGCCAAGAUCUUCCGGAAGUUCAAGGGCUACCCGGAGUUUGCUGAAGGAGUAAAGGCGAUGUGCGACAUUGCUAGCCAUUUUCAUACUUCGGCCGACAUUAGCUGGAAGGGGAAGACGUUUCAUCUUAACAUGCUGCACAAUCCGUCGCAUCUGGAAGCCGUCAAUCCGGUCUCAAUGGGCAAGACUCGGGCCAAGCAGCUCGCCAUCGGCGACGGAGACUACGGUAGCGGUACACGUGAUGGCACCUGGUCGAAAGCCUUGAACGUGCAGGUGCACGGUGAUGCCGCUUUACCAGGGCAGGGUGUGAACCAGGAGUGUCUCAUGAUGGCGCAGGUACCCCACUUCGAUGUCGAUGGUACGAUCCACCUGGUCGUAAACAAUCAGGUGGGAUUCACCACUCCGGCCCAGCGUGGACGCGGUACGCGUUACGUUUCCGAUCUAGCCAAAUCCAUCAUGGCACCGAUCGUGCACAUUAAUGGCGACGAUCCAGAGGCGCUAACCUAUAUGACGCAGCUGGCCGUCGACUAUCGGCAACGGUUCGGGAAAGACUUCUUCAUCGACCUCAACUGUUUCCGACGCUGGGGCCAUAACGAGCUGGAUGAUCCGACCGUCACCAACCCGCUACUGUACGAGGUGAUCGUGCACCGCCAGUCGAUACCGGAUACAUACGCCCGGCGACUGAUCGAUGCCGGCGUACUAGACCAGUCGGAUGUGGAUGCAAUGUCGAAAAGUCACCAGAACAUGCUGACAGCCGAGCUGCAGGCGUUGGCGGAGUACGAGCCCGAACGGAGCUACUUCGAGAAGCAGUGGGCCGGCAUGGAACAACCCGGCAACGAGGUCACCGUAUGGAACACCGGGCUUGAUUACCGGCUGCUGGACCACGUUGGACGGGCAAGCGUCGCCUAUUCGAAAGAUUUCAACAUUCAUCCCCAUGUGAAGAAGACGCAUGUCGAUACACGGCUAAAGCGAUUGGCCGAAGGACAGCGCAUCGACUGGGCGACAGCGGAAGCGUUGGCAAUCGGAAGCCUCAUGUACCAGGGCUACAACGUACGUUUGAGCGGCGAAGAUAUCGGCCGCGGUACGUUCGCCCAGCGGCACGCCAUGUUUGUCGAUCAGCGCACGAACGAGAUUCACAUUCCACUCAACGCCAUGGCCGGCGGAGGUUCUGCCAGUGGGCGGCUGGAGCUAGCGAACAGUAUUCUGUCGGAAGAAGCCGUGCUCGGCUUCGAGUACGGGAUGGCCAUCGACAGCCCCAAUACUCUUGUCAUCUGGGAAGCCCAGUUCGGUGACUUUUUCAACGGGGCACAAAUAAUCAUCGACACGUUCCUCGUCAGCGGAGAAACCAAAUGGAUGGUGUGCAAUGGGUUGGUGAUGCUUCUACCGCACGGUUAUGAUGGUGCCGCGUCCGAGCACAGUUCCUGCCGCAUGGAACGGUUCUUACAGAUGACCGACUCGUGCGAAUCGCACCCGGAUGGAGACGAUAUCAAUCUGCAAAUCGUGAACCCUUCGACACCGGCGCAGUACUACCAUGUGCUGCGGCGGCAGAUGAUACGUAACUUCCGGAAGCCGCUGGUCGUCGUGGCACCCAAAACGCUACUUCGGCUGUCGGAGUGUGCUUCACCGCACGUCGACUUUGCCCCCGGGACACACUUCGAACCAGUGUUGCCAGACGCCGUGGAACUCGAUACCAAGCGCGUCCGGCGGGUGGUGCUGUGCAGCGGCAAACACUACUAUACGCUGCAGCAAGAGCGCAAAGCACGUGCUCUGUCGGAUGUAGCGCUACUGCGUUUGGAAUCGUUGUGUCCGUUUCCGGUUCAAGCACUGAACAAUGAGCUCACCAAAUACCCGAAUGCGCGAGAAUUCGUCUGGAGCCAGGAGGAGCAUCGUAAUAUGGGCGCAUGGACAUUUGUGCAGCCACGAUUUGAGAACAUGUGUGAACGACGGCUCCAAUAUUGUGGACGACCGGAGGCGGCGACUGUUGCAGUUGGUGUUGGGCCCUGGCAUGCACAAGAAGCGGAGAUGGUGAUUAGGUCUACUUUUCAAUAAUGGUAGUCCGGACUAAUUCGGUUAAUGCAUUUAUUUCCUAAACACAAUUCCCUAAACCCGCUCAUCCGGGCUUUGUUCAGAGGAUGUUUAGAAAAGAAAGAGUAGCUAGUUUUUAUCUAGGACACAAAACGACUAGCACCUUUGUGACGUUGCUCAAUAUGCUUUCGAAAAUGAAGAAUAAUUUCCACCACAAUCAACCACUGCGGUAAACGUUACAAUUAAGACAGUUAUCUUGGCAAUUUUAGUCCAAAGAUUUUUAGCUUAGAGUUUUAGUUUUUAGUUAUAGUCCUUCUUUAUUACUG